GAUUGUAACAGGUUCGAUUUAACACUUGCCCAGCUUUGGUACGAAAAACAGCCAUUCAUGCACUGUUUAGGAUUACGAUUGGGAGCGAAUUCUCUGGAAAGAUGCUGUGUUCGUCUGGUGUGUAUGUCUAGCCGUGGUCUUUCAGCUUCAUCACGGCACAAAAACAUGGAAAAGACUUUUCAGCUUCAAAAUGAACUCCCAAGCUUACCACUUCCUCCAUUGGAACAGACUUGUAAAAAAUAUUUGGCAUCAGUAAAGCCUCACUUGACAUCAAAAGAGUAUCUUCAGACUCAGUUUUUGGUAAAUGAAUUUGCCAGUGGAGUGGGAAAAGAACUUCAAAACAAGCUACAGAUGAGAGCAAGCAGCAUGCAUAAUUGGGUAAAUAGAUCUUGUGAUAGUUAUGGCAGACACCUGCUGUAUGCCAAAAAAUGCACCGUUUGUAACUUUCAUUGUCUCAUUUCUUGUAUAUCAUUUCUCAACAAGCUUGAAGAAUGGUGGGAAGAUGUUGCAUACUUAUCACCUAGAAAUCCCUCUGCCCCAAUGAUUAACUUUGGAGGACCAAUUCCUAUGACGGACAUGUGGCCAGUCCAAACUGGAACCCAAAUCAUGAGAGCUGCUAUAAUUACCCAUGCAUUCCUUAAAGUCUGGCAAGAGCUAUACAGAGAGGAAAGGCCCAUUGAGAGGAUGGGUUCAACUCCCCUCUGUAUGGUUCAGUUUACUCGACUCUUUUCAUGUUGUAAAAUUCCUGGAAAAGAAAAGGACUCUUUAAGGACUAACUUUGUAACAGCCCCUCACAGUUCACCUCGACACAUUAUUGUGCAAGUCAGGGGACACAUUUUUAGUUGUAUGGUGCUGGAUGAAAAUAUGGAGCCUCUCUCACCAACAGAAAUUGAAAGACAACUUCAAGAGAUAGAAUCCAUAGCUUUUUCAGGAUCCCAAGGAAUGGGAAUCGGCAGUUUGACUGGAGAAAUGAGAGAUACCUGGCACGAGUUACGAGAACGAUUGAAAGCAUUAGACAACAAUAACCAAAGCAUUCUUGAUACCAUUGAAACAAGUUUGUUUGUUUUGGUACUUGAUGAAAAUAGCCCUGUCACUAAAACUGAGGUUUGCAGUCAAGCUAUUACUGGAGAUUGUAGAAACCGUUGGUUUGAUAAGUCUGUGAAUAUCAUUGUCUUCAAAUCUGGCAUGCUGGCUACUCACUGUGAUCACGCUCCAUUUGAUGGUAUUGUGGAAAUAAAUUCUUUUAUUUCGGCAAUAAAAUAUCUUGCAGAAAAAGGUGGAGAAUGGAAGGGAAAUCCAGAAGUGAAAAACUACUAUAAACCUCAAGAACUGGUGUUUAAGGUUGAUGAUGGUAUUGACCGAGCGGUUGAUCAGGCCAUUCAAAAAUAUCAGGAAGCAGCUGACAGUAUAAAUAUCAUCGUGCAUACAGCACGCGAGUAUGGAAAAGGUUUUAUUAAGCCUUACAAGAUUCACCCAGACACGUUUGUUCAAAUGGCAAUUCAACUGGCGUAUUACAGGCUGCAUCGAAAACCUGCGUCAACUUAUGAAACAGGUCAGACUCGUCAAUUUUACCACGGACGGACAGAAACAGUUCGUUCAUGUACCAUGGAAUCAGUGGCUUGGUGUAAAGCAAUGUUCGAUGGCAACGCCAAUAAGUCGACGAAAAUGCGACUGUUUCGUGAAGCUUUUACAACACACGAUUCACUUAUGAGGGAGGCCGUUAAUGGCCAAGGAAUUGAUCGUCACUUGCUGGGGCUUCGGUUGCUAGCAGCUUCCGAAGGAAUGCCAACACCGGCUAUCUUCACGGACAAAGCGUGGACGGCGAGCGGUGGUGGUGGCAACUUUGUCCUUUCGACAAGUUGUGCAGGAUUUUCUUCAGUAAUUGGUGGAUGCGCUGCAAUGGUGAAAGACGGUUAUGGAGCAUUCUAUAGCAUCGAGGAAAACCGAGUUAACUUUGUCAUCGCGACGUUUACAACCUCUGAUGUUACGGAUGCCAAAAAGUUCCAGCAUUCACUAGACGAGAGUUUCCGAGACAUGAAACAUCUUUUACUCACAUCUAAGCUGUGAGUGACGGAGUGAUCUUUAACCUUUUACCUCUAAUGAGACCAGACAGAAUUUCUCCUUACAAUAUCGAUACAUUAUCAAGCAGACAACUGAGGAGAAUAAAGGAAAACAUCAGUAAGGGGAUUACUAGUUAAUUCGAUACCAAAUUCUCUGAAGAAACUUCGUAAGAAUUGUAUGAAAGACAGUAAAAGAAGAAUUUCUAAUGAGAUCGUGGGAGUUGAAAUGGUUAGGAGAUGUCUCAGUAAAGUACUGGCGCGUGUUGAAAAUUAUCAGCGAAGUGCGAAAUGAUUAAAGAAGUGAAAAGUUCGACUAACACUCACAAGCACUAUCGACUCUUCCCUUACCAAUCAUAGUUAACUCCCAAGCGUCCAGAACUGAUUAAACUGUAACAUCUCCUUACAAUAUCAAUACAUUAAUCAGCGAAAAAGUAAUGAGAAUAGAUACGCUAGGGAAUGUUGUUUGUGGUAUACAACACCAAAUUCUCCUAACUGAUUUACAAAAGAACUCGGGAAGGUAGAAGGGAGAAUUGCUAAUCAGAUCUUGGGAGAUGGUGGGACGCGAAGAGGCAAUAAUCAACGACGAGUUUUUACGCAAUGGCGCGUUAGGUUUUUAAAACUUAUUUACAAGGGUGUAUUUGAAACGCUAAUUUAUUGGUUCAAACUAAGUUGAAAACGUGCUUUGAAUGUAUAUAUUUGCACUAAAAAUCGUAUCACGUUUGAAAAGGGUUCUUUUGAUAUGUUGUAAGUGUUAUGUCCAACUAGGAACAUUUCUGAAGAUAUUUUUAAUAUAUGAUUACCUUGUCAAGUUUCAGUGGUUAUAAAGGAAUGUUAUGAUUCGGUGUAA